AAUACGAGAACCGAUGUGAAGUUAGGUCCAGGAAAAAAGUUGAAGAAACUUCCUUGAGUCCGUAGGAAUUAAAAACAUAAAAAGGCUUUUUAAAUGUUUGUUAGUACCCUGUAAGUUUACUUCACCCAAAACCGUAUGGAGUUUUUAGUGUAGGAAAGUAAAUACCUGGCACAUGGUUAUGAGUUUAGUGAUACAGUCCCGUUUCUUCAAGUAUCAAGAUCAUAGAAAGACAUAAGAUGGAGAAUAAUUCGCCAGCAUCUCUAGAGGAAUGGCUAAUCUCCAUCAAAAUGGAGGAAUAUACUGGCUUGUUCAAACUGAAUGAGCUGAGGUCAGUAAAGCAACUGCAGGAAUUGGAUGAAGAUACUUUGUUGCACAUGGGAGUUCAAAUGAGAGGUCAUCGAAAGAGAAUACUAAUGCAUCGACCAAAUACCGAAUUUAGAGAUAAUGUAGCGAGUGCCUCCGUCCUUAAUGAUAAUGACUUUCUUAUUGACUUUCAUGAAAAACCUAAACCUCCAGAAAUUCCACCAAGGAUCGUGCCUCAAAUACCUCCAAGACCAGCAGAAAGAAGUUCUGCACCUGAACCAGUACCACGAUCACUAAGACCGGUACCGAUACCUGGAGGAGUUCGUCCAGUAUCAAGUAUUGCUGCAAUAACAAGUGACAGUCACCUGAAAGAAAGACCAGUUCCACAACCAAGGAAGUUAAAGCCAGCUCCUGUUACCAAUGGUAAUCAUCAAGACCAAACAACCGUUCACACUGACCAUCCCAUACCAGCAGAGAGGCGACUACCACCACCACCAUUACCAGAAAAACAGAUUAUUGAGGAAAUAGAUCAUCCACAACCUCCCCCCACACCUCCUGUUGAUCUGCGUACAAGACCCGUACCUACACCCCCUCCAGCUCAACCAUUACCAACGUUGCCUCCCAGACCCUACUCGCAAUUCUCAGUCAACGCCCCUCCAAAACCAAGAGAAGAAACAAAUUUUGUUUUUUCUAAUCUGCCUAGUCUACAUGAGCAAUCUCGUACUGAUGGAACUCAGGAUGUCUGGAAUGGAAAUAAUUUCUCUCAAUCAUUAGAUGAGUUAUUAACCUCAGACGAAUAUUCCGUGAUAACUUAUCCCCCUGUUGGUUCCUCUGGAAACACUUCAGGAAUGACCAGCAAAAAACAUUCAUCAGAUUUGAUCAAAUUUGAUGAACACAUGGACAACGAAGAUCCAUACGAUAGACUUUGGGAAAGUAAUGACAAUAUUAUUGCCACAAUCCCAGCUCUACCAGAAAUAGAGACGGACCCUCUUAAUGUAUAUAGCGAUAUAGAAUUUAGUUCAGAGCCACCACUACCAAUUCAUCCACCGCCGCCACCUCCCCCGUCGCCUCCAUCUAAUGAUAACCAUUUAGUGCUGAGUGAUAUUGAUAGUGAAGAAGACCCAGAGGUCAAUCAGGAUUCAAUCACUCCAAAGGUUGUGCGGCGGUCGAUGUCAGUAAGAAAAGUUAUAAAAACCAUUGGACACACCAUUCAAACUAUUCAAGGUGUACCUAAGUUGCCGCUUCUCCAAGUGGUCGAUGAAGGUACGCUGAAAAGAUUCCAAGAGACUCUUAAUGGGAAGGCAACAACUAAUGAAAAAUCAGGAAUUCUUUCCAAGCAAGGAGGGCAGCAAGGUAAAAGGGGCGUACAGAAGAGGUUUGUGAAAUUUGAUGGAAAAUAUCUCAAAUACUAUGAGAAUGAAAAGAAGACGUGUUUUAGCAAGAAAAUGAUUCCCGUUGGAGCUAUGAGGGAUGUAGAAGUUAAUCAAGCGACAAGUGCAUUGAAAAACAACACAUUAUCAUUAAGAACAACUAAUCGUGUUUAUGUAUUUUUACAUGAAAAUAUGGAUGUUUUAAUCAGUUGGAGUUUAACCUUAAUGAAGGCAAUUGUGGAGUGCCCUAAAGUUGAAUACCCAAUUGGUGGAGAAAUGAACUCACCUGACAAAGAGGGUUAUAUGAAAGUUGAUGAAACUCGUUUAUAUGUGGCACUUAAACAUGGAAUUCUCUGCUAUUACAAAAAUAAAGCUGAUUUUGAUGCUGGAACACCUAUCACCGAUGUAUGCAUGAACACAGCAAGUUGCCGGGAAUUGCCAAAGAAUAAAAUUCAAUUACACACACCCUUCAAGACUUUCAUGUUCACCUUGGAAUCCCCAGAAGAGGUCGCAGAAUGGUUAAAUGCAAUAAAGGAAAUGAUUGAUGAAGCUUUAGCAGAUAGAACGGUUUUAAGAACAAUUCAACAAAAUGUAGAAAACAAAUUUUGUGCUGAUUGUGGAAUGCCAGAACCUGACUGGUCUGCAGUGAACUUUGGUGUUAUUAUUUGCAAGAAGUGUUCUGGUGCUCAUCGUAAAUUGCAAUUCAAUGUGCCUAAAGUCAGGUCGGUCAAAAUGGACAUCAACAUUUGGACACCAGCUCUGCAAGAGAUCAUGGUUUCCAUUGGCAACAAAAUCAAUGAUUUCUGGGAAGGCAGACUAAACGAUUACAAAAAACCAAAACCAGAUGACUCAAUUGAAGUGAGAAAGGAAUUCAUUGAAAGGAAGUACCAAUACAGGAUGUUCUGUAAGAAACAUCCAGUGAUGGAAUACAGUGGCCAGGAAGGAAUGGAUAAGGAGGUGUGUCGUAUAGCCUCUUCCCCAGACAACUUAUAUGAAGCAAUGGUUCUAUUAUUCUCUGGUGCUAAAUGUAGGGAUGUUUACCCUGAGGCUGGUGUGUCUGCUCUUGAAAUAGCCAUCCAUGCCAAUGCAAAAUGUAUUGUGGAAAUAUUUAAUCUCAAUAAAGAUUCAGAUUUCACAACUCAAAGACCUCCCCCAAGGAUCAACUCGGUUCCUGUUGCAGACGCUCCCUCAAUGCCACUACCGUCUAAAAGGAAUUCAGAGGAGCAAACUAAGGCAGGCUACUUGUUUAAAACUGGUGUAGGUAGGAAAGAAUUCCAAAGAAGGUAUUGCAGACUGGAAAAUGGGACAUUCACCUACUCAGUGGAUGAAAAGAGUCCAAUUGUUAAAAAUACCAUUGAAGGUAUAGAUAUUUUGAUGAUUGGAAACUGCCAACCAAGGCCGGGGUAUGAACAUUGCUUUGAGAUGGGUGUUACGUCAGGCCGCACUUACCUCUUUUGUGCUGAAUCAGCGGAAGACAAACAUGAUUGGAUGUACAUCAUUGCCAAGUUUUUGACACCAAAAGUUAUGUGGAGUUACCUUGAUAGCUUUGACUUGGCUGGGCAUCUGCAUAUGAAGGAAGGGAUUACUUCAACAACUUGGCGUCGUUUAACUUUUUUGCUGAGUGGUAAAAAGCUUUCAUACUUCUCGGCUGAAAAAGAUAGCAUGGCUGAUCUUGACCUCAGAAAACUCUCCAAGUCCUAUGUGGUUACUGUUGAAGAUGUAAAACUAACUUCAACAGAACAGACAAUCUGCGUAUGUUUUCCCGACAAAAGUCUGUACCUCCGCUCAGAGAAUAAAGAAAACAGCGAUCGCUGGCAUACAGCUAUACAAAGUACAUUAUAUGAAAGUGGAACAUCAUUAGAGAACCAGCAAUUAACAAAAGAUAAUAUUCCAGUUGUCGUCAGUGAGUGCAUCAGCUUUGUUGAAAAAAACGGUCUCAAAACUGAGGGAAUUUAUCGACUUGCUGGAGUGAAGUCAAAGGCAAAUCAAAUCCUUCAGAACCUGUACUACAAUGCCCGUGAUGUCCGCCUCACCCUGGAUGAGGACUACAUGAUCCACGAUGUCACUAGUGCCCUCAAACAGUACUUCCGUGAAUUGGAUGAUCCACUAUUGACCUCUGACCUGUACCAGAGGUGGGUCCGAUGUUCAGCAUGUCCAGAUAAUGCAAGGAAGAUAAGAGAGUACUCUGAUCUUGUGAAAGGCCUUCCGGAGGUUAACAAGUGUACUUUGAAGGAAUUAAUCAACCAUCUCAGAGAUGUAAGUGACAACAAAGAUGAGAAUAAGAUGGAGGUAAAGAAUCUUGCUGCCGUGUUUGGUCCAACACUGAUGUCAGGCAAGAAUGCAGCAGGUGGUUUUGGAGCUGCUAAUUACGAGAUUAGUGUUAUUGGUGAUUUAAUGUUAAAUUAUUCCGAGAUAUUUGACGUUACACAGGAAGAGAAGGAUAAAAAAAUGAAGCAGAAGGAAUUCAUGCAUAAACUGACGGCCUUUAGUGGAAGUGGGAACGGUACUCCAUCAAAUUUCGUCCAUAUGACACUGUAUAUUGGACCAAAGUCGGAGAAUGAUUCUAUUGAUGUACAGAUGAGCGAGAUUAUGACUGCUGGUGAGCUGAUUCAAUCAUUAAUUGACUCAAAUAAAAUAAACAUGCCGCCCUCGCAGGUGUCGGUCUUCGAGGUCAUCUGUAAUGGCGAACUAGAACGUGUUUUCAAUCCGAAAGAGGAGAUUCUACCAGAAAUUUACAGGUGGGAUGAAAGAAUGAGGACUGAGAAUUACAUCUGCAUCAAAGCAAAUUCUCUUGAGAGGAAAAUUGAAAAGUAUUUGACAUUAUCAAAUGCUAGCAGUAAUGUCACAUUCUUUGAUGGAAAGAGAAAGAUUAAGAAAGCAUACUUAGAUGUGUCUGGCUUUGUUCUCAAGUGCUCCAAGGAUAAGAGGAACAUUUACUCAUCAAGAGUGUCAGAUAUCGUCUUUUACUUUGGAGUUGAAAAGAAGAAAUCAGCAAAGUUUGGAUUUACAUUUAUAGAUCGGAAAGAUGACUCUGCCAUCCUAAGGGCAGUACUCGUUGAAACAGAAGAGGAUGUGUAUUAUUGGUUGGGUUGUUUGCUAAAUACAAAGAGGCAAUGUUCAGAAUCCAGUAACAACAAUUUUAGAUCACCACCAGUACCGGCUAGCAGGGGACGUUCGCCAUUCAGAGAAAGCCUUGGUUCCAUGUUCCAACAAUUUGCUGCUGAAUUAAAAGAGAAGGCACAAAAGAUUACCAGUAAACGACGGUCUAAACUUAGAUACACCUACCGACGCAACCAAACAACUAGACGCAACACAUCGGCUGUAGACGGCAACCCCCCAAUUAGACAUGGUCCAUCAGAUCUACACACCCCCUCAGCUAUUCAGGAAAAUGUUACUAGGUGACAAAUUCAGGAUUGAUAUUCCUGGAACUAGAAUUGCACACUGUUACUGUGGCAACCAUAAUGAUGAAGUGAGUUUUUAAUUGCAAGAAUCUGUAAAACUCAAAAUAGCGCAUCCUAAGACACUUGGCUAUCGGCUUGUAAGUUGUGAGAGUAAAUCUGAUUGGAGAAAUUAUGGGAUGCGUCAGAAAUUACGAAAUAUGAUGCUAUACCUAGAUAAGACCUGUCCUAGAGGCUUGAAAGAACUAAAAAGUCAACAAUCUGUUACUAUUGCCAUUUCAAGCAGUCGACAUAUGUUCCCACUGGAAGCCUUUUUUUUUUUUAAAUUAUGAUGGAGAGUUGUGAAAGUACAAUUGAAAAGAAGUACUUUUUAAUUGUAUCUGUAGCUUGACGGCUAAGAUGCUUGCCUUCCCAUCAAGACUACAAAAACAAUAUUCAGAGCCUCAUAAAGGGACCUGGUGUAUAGGAUCCAUCCUGUAAUUUGGCAAGCGUACCUGCCGUUGGCUGUAAACGUUUUUUUUUAAUUUUAUUUGAAUUAUAUUUACUGGAAUAAAAAAGAUAGAAAGAUUGCAUAUACACAUACUAUAGUGGCUCUUACGAAAUACGUGCUACUGCAAUUUUUGUUUUCGAAUUUUAGAGGGCUUGACAUAACUGAAAAACGAGAAACUUUUUUCAGGAAAGUCCAUGCAUUAAGAAGCCGAUUGGCAUUUAUUUUAGAAUACACAUUAGUAUUAAACUUAGUAAUGUAGUAAAUGGUACAGUGUACAUUGAGAUUUAUAAUGGUCUGUAAUUUUACUUAGUGAAAUGGAACAGAUGGUGAAUUUUAUAGUUAAACAUACUGUAGGUCAGCUGAGUUAUGUUCACUGACCUUUAUGCAAGUGUAAAUAAUGAACCCGGUCGUGCUUAUGACCUUUUUUUUCAUUUCGUAUUAUACAUUAAUUAAUUAACUAUGAGUGAUAAUGAACAUAUAUAGAUAAAUCAAAGAUAUGAUAAUGAUGACGAUUAUUAUAUGAUUUAAAUUUGUUUCCAAUCUAAAUGACCUUUCACACUAAGCCUCACCCCUUGGAUAUUGUUGCUAAGAUCCCACGAAACGAUGUGUUAAAACAUACGCGAACACGUGAGUUAGUGGGACACACACGUGUCCUUUUCAGAUGCACACGUAUUCCCUGAUCUUGUUCCCGUUAGUUGACACUCCGGAUCGGUCCAUUUUACAAGAAUAUUUUAUAUUGAUUUUUUCAGAAUUAACUAGGAUUAAACGUUAUGUAUUUUUUUUUUGUAUUUUCAACACUUAUGCAACAUAGCCCUAAUAUGCUACCAUUACGUACUUAUAACAUUGAUUAUAUCUCCUAUUUAUGCGUUGAGUUAUGUCUGAAUUUGUGGUUCAAACGUGUUAACAAUGAUGCAUCAACUUAUGGUUGAGUUUGACAAAUUAAUUUUUAGAUAUCAAUUUAAUAAAUUCUCAAUGUAAAUAUUUUGAUAAUUUAAACAAAUAUUAUAACUACUAACAUGAGUUAUUAUGUAAUAGGAAUAUUGAUAAAACAAAUUACUGGAGUCAUUUAGUGGGACUUAUGGAUGAUCAGUUAGUGAAUUUUCAUACUUAAUUAAUUAGUUAAUUAAUUUUUGCCAAUUAAUUACAGACCCGCAUUUUAUUCUUCUAUGCGUGUUAGAGAUACAUCUGCAGGCCUGCUGGUGUUAUGUGUACGUGAAUGGUGUGUUUGUGCACGUGAAUUAUUAUGUGCAUGCUUGUGACCGAUAUGUGCGUACGUGCGUGCGUGUGUGACGGACGUGUGCAUGAACGCACUUAAAAAAACCGCAAGUAUUCUCGAGUUCUCAAAAUUGUAAUGAAUUCUCAAAUGACAACGUAUUAGAGCCAAAUAUAUCGUUUGCAAUUUUAAGGUAGCGUAUGAUUUAUUUUAAUGAAAACUGUAGGUUUUAGCUUCUUUGUAAAUACGUAGGCUACACAAAAAUGUUUUAAAAGGCUACCAUAUUUUUGGUUGACUAACAAUUUAUUGAAAUAAUAGUAAUUCUAAUUUUGUAUAUUAUGGUAGUGAGGAUGCUAUGAAUAUUGUGUAUUUGGUUUUGGUUUUUUGGUCGUAAUUGCUGCUCUAUUGUUUAACAAUACGGGGUUUAAUAUCAUAAAAAGCCAUAACAUACCUGAAAUUUAAUGUUGUACAGUUGGUAGAUUAAUAUUCAUAUUUUUUUUAAGUCAUUCAAUUCAAUUUUAAGUUACUUUUCAAAAGUGCAUAAUUGAUUUUGUAAUUUAUCAUUUUAUAAAUUUUUAGAAUUCGAAUUAAUACUUAAUUUAUGUUUUAUUUUAUUUUUUUUAAUAAUUAUUUCUUAGAAAUAUAUUUCUACUGGUAUAAGUGUAUAAUUAAUCUUGGUGUUUUUGUAAACACAAUCAACUAUUUGUAAGCUGUAUUACAUCAUUAGUACCUCCAGGCUGUUUUGUUUUGUUUUUUUGUUUUGUUUUGUUUUGUUUUUUUUUUGUUUUUUUUUAACUUCUUAUUACCAUUACUUCUGUUGAGUUUAUUGUUGCUGGUAUUAUCAAUUGUAAACCAGAUUAAGACUAUGUAUGUGGAUUUUAUUUUAACUGUUAUUACUUAGAAUAUUAUAUUUUGGAAUAGAGGUUAAACAUAUAUUUUGAUUAUGAAAAAAUGCGUUAGCUAUUGUGUAUUUAGAGAUCUAUAGUGCUUUCAAGAAAUGAAGAUUACUGUGAUUAUAGCAACUACGCGAAAGUCGACAUGGGUGCCUACAAGAUAACACAUACACGUGAACGAGUUUUCUGCUGGUGUAAUGCCUGUAGUAACUUAACAUGGAGAAAUAGCCUUAUUUUUACGCUAGACUAAGAUAUAUCUAUAUAUUAUAUAUUUAAAAUGAUUGUUAUAUUUCUGUACUUAAAAAAGAAUAUUUUGUUUCUCUUGAUCAUUAAAAUUGUAAUCUUGAUAGA